AUGAAUUCUUACGUACUAAUUGUGUUCUUCGCUUGCGUACUAUGUGUGCUAAGUGCGAGUGUGGACCAUCAUAAUGAAAUAACUCAUCUAAGAACUAAACGUUCUGCUAUAUCAGCUAUAAAAUGUGCUGCCGGCUUUAUCCGAGUAUAUGUGCUGUGUGUUCCUGUGUCAAAGGUCGCAGGCCAGCGAAGAGCGUCUAGAAGUCUUGACUUUACGAGGAACAAGGGACGAAGUAGAUAG